UGUAAUAACAAAAAAAAAAAAAAAAGAAAGAAAAAAGAAAAGAACGUACGAGAGAAUAAAAAUCGUCGAAACUAUUAAAAAGCGAGCUCUUUCAAAAUUUUCAUUUUUAAAAUCUCGCGACAGAUCGAAUUGUUAAUCAAAGCAAAACGCGGAUCGAAUAUUUUUUUAAAUUCAGAUUAUUAAAACUAAUAUAUACCUACAUCGUAAUUAAAUAAAACUAAUAUAUAAAAGAAAGAAGGAUCGUACUUUUAAACGUGUGCUAUUUUUUAAAUUGAACACGGUUAAUUUGAAAAUUUUUUUUAAAUCGUGAUAGAUCGAAUUGCAACGUGCUACGAUUACGACGAUCGAACAUUAUCGAUAUUCAGCUUAUAAAUAUAUUUAUUAUAACAAGAAAAAAAAAUCAAUGAUCUUUCAAACGUAUACUUUUAUCAAUUUUAAAGAUCGUACUUAAUGUAUGACGAUUCAAUUCAGUUUAUAAAAAAAAAAAAAAAAAUAAUAUACUUUGAGAGAAAACGAUCAAGAUGAGAUAGCAAAAGUUUCUGAGAAUGGAAGAAGUGUAACGAAAAAGAAAGCAACCAAAGUAAAUAUGACGUAAAUUCGAUCAUUUCAUAUUGAAGAAUGUUAUUUCAGUCUUCAUCGGAGAAAAUUCAAUCGACUUGUUUAUCGUAAAUGUUAGUGUUAGAAGAGAAUUAGAAGAAGAUUUUAAAGCGGUCAUAAUUUUUUUUCUCUCUUUCCUUUUCUUUUUUUCUUUCUUUUUUUUUCUUUUUUUUUUUUUUUUUUUUUUUUUUUUUAAGCAAACGUCCUGUUCCCAUGCGGCGCAAUGGAUUCGUGCAAUGGAUCUUGGAUUGCGUUCGAGUGUAAAAUGGUCUUAGGACGAGGACGAGCCGUGGAAGAGUGGAUAAGAAAAAAUGCGAGUGAACGUUCGCGGUAUAUAUAAAAGGAAGAAUCGCGCCGUUGGAUGCUGCAACCGUCUCUGCGCUCGCAAAGAGACAUCGUUGAAAAUAAUCGUCGUUGAAUUCGCCCCGAUACUCCUUUUAUGUUGCCUGUUGGAGUUUAAUCAUGCAGCCGUUUAUCCAGAAUAUAACCCGGAAAAUUUCGAAAGUAGACGAAAUUUUUAUCCAUGUUCACCGGUCGGUUCAUUGCCACUCGAUGCCAAUCCGCCGGCCAUCGCUUGUGCCUUUAAAUCUGCAGGGAAUGCAAAAAGAGGUUCAAAUGUUCCUUCUCGUGCUCCACCACCAACAUAUGUCAAGGUAUCAUCACCGAUAUCUUACAAACCAUUACCAAGGACAUCUUCUUUGGUAUACGUCGCACCGCCCAUCGUAAAAUCAGCAUCCGCCGUUGUUGCAACCGAUCGAAAAUCCAUUGAUAAGGACGUCGAUUAUAUGUCUUAUCCAAAGUAUUCGUUUAAUUAUGGCGUUAUCGAUGGAUACACCGGUGAUUCUAAAUCUGCAUGGGAGGAAAGAGACGGAGAUACUGUGAAGGGAGAAUACUCGGUGGUCGAGGCCGAUGGAACUAUUAGAACAGUUUCGUAUACGGCUGAUGAUCACAAUGGUUUUAAUGCCGUUGUCACGAGAAGCGAGCCUCCAAAGAAAGAGAAAUCUUCGGAGAAUGUUAAAGCAUUUAUACCAGCAUCUCUUAUAAAUGGAGAUAUUAAAAAAUUGCGACAUUGAUCUUUUUAUGGAACAUAAAAGGAUCGACGGAGUGUAACGAUAGUUCCUUGAAAUUAAUCAGAAGAAAACGUAUUAACGACUAUGAGGCUUUUUCAAAUUUGUACUUAUUAAAGACGCCUAAGCAUAAUCCAGACUGUGCUUUAACGAUUCUA